GUUUGCUGAGGGAGGAGUGUGAUGGAGUCAACGAAGCUACUGGCCUCCCCGAGGAUAACUCUGUCUAUAUGUGGCCUCAGUAAUCCGUUGGACGUGCGCUCCUCAGGCUCCUCCCUGCUUGUCUCAGAGCAGGACACUCACCCACACACAAACUUUCUCCUCUUAACAGCAGCAGGACAAUAUGCAUUUUAACCACAUAAUCUAUGAACACAGGAUACCACUAUUGCGUGCAGUGAUGCAGUUGGAUGUUAAAAAUGUGGAUCUGUGACUGAGUGAAUACCAACCACCAUGAGCGCUGACACUGCCUGCAGGGCGGAGCUGGACUCGGAGCAUCCGUGCGAGCUGGCCGACUUGGUGGCAGCCAUGAACGUGGCUGCCAAUCGUGUGACCCCGCCAAACGGCUACAGGUCCAGUGCUCCCAGGACCACCACCUCCUACAGGGACCCGAUUUCAAAAAGGAAGAUGUCUUUGCAGGAGAGAGGAAGUCGCAUGGCUCGACCGCCAACCAUCGAGACCAAGCGCGUGUCCAUCACAGACAUUGAUGACUGUGUCCAGCUCAACCAGUAUAAACUCAAACAAGAAAUUGGAAAGGGUUCAUAUGGAGUGGUUAAGUUAGCUUAUAAUGAAGAUUCCGAACAGUACUAUGCAAUGAAGGUUGUUUCAAAGAAGAAGCUGAUGAGGCAGUGUGGAUUUUUGCGUCGUCUACCUACUCAAGGAUCAAAUUCCCAGCAGGAUCCAUUUUACAAAGCAGUGUUGCCCCUGGAAAGAGUGUACACGGAGAUCGCCAUCCUGAAGAAGCUGGACCAUCCUAACGUUGUUAAAUUGGUGGAGGUGCUUGAUGAUCCUGAAGAAGAUGGACUUCAUAUGGCAUUCGAACUGAUGACAAAGGGUCCAGUAAUGGACGUGCCCACAGACGACCCUUUCACUGAGGAGCAGGCUCGCUUCUACUUUAGAGACGUUGUCAUGGGCAUAGAGUACUUGCACUACCACAAGAUUAUCCACAGAGACAUCAAACCCUCCAACCUGCUACUGGGGGAUGACGGUCAUGUCAAGAUCGCAGACUUUGGUGUGAGUAAUGAGUUUGAGGGGACAGAUGCACUCCUGUCGAGCACAGCAGGGACCCCUGCGUUCAUGGCCCCCGAAAUGAUGACCGAACAGGAGCAGAGCUUCAGUGGAAAGGCAUUAGACGUGUGGGCGAUGGGAGUCACACUCUACUGCUUUGUCAUAGGGAAGUGCCCUUUCUAUGAUGAGUACAUUGUUUCACUGCACAACAAGAUCAGGAACAAAUCAGUGGAAUUUCCCGAGAUGCCAGUUGUAAGCUCUGAUCUAAAGAAGCUCAUUGAACAGAUGCUGGAGAAAAGCCCUGAUGCCAGAAUCACUAUCCCUGAAAUUAAGCUCCACCCGUGGGUGACAGAGAAUGGCACAUGCCCCCUCCCUCUGGAGGAGGAGCACUGCACGGCAGUGGAGGUCACCGAGGAGGAGGUCCAGAACAGUGUCAAGCUCAUCCCGAGCCUCUCCGCUGUGAUUCUAGUGAAAUCCAUGCUGAGGAAGCGCUCUUUCAGUAAUCCCUUUGAGUCUCAGGGCAGACGAGCAGAGAGGUCCAUGUCUGCCCCUGGAGGUCUGCUUACCGGUUCUUGGGGCCUGACAGGGUCGUCACCUCAGCCUCAUCCUUCAUUGAGGAAAGUCAGCAACGAGGGGAGCAGAGAAGGCGAGCUGGAGGACUUGUAUGAAGUUGAUACACUUACAGAGUGUACGGAUUAAACAUGCAGACAGAUUUAACCAAAAUGAAAACAUGCAGACAAAUUGCAGAAGCUGUGCUUUUGCUUCAUGUUUGCUUUACUUGUUACAGAUUCUCUCACUUUUGCUUUGAAUGAAAAAUGGAUAAGGCAUUACAUGACAUAAAAAUAGAUCAGGUCAGUUUAAAGUCAGUCUUUAUUUAUUUAUUGUUUUGUCAAAUUAAAAAUGUAAAUAUGCUUUGUAUAGAAGAUAUUUUUACAUUCUCACAGAUGUUGAACAAUAAAGUUCUAAUUCAAACACUGCUGCA